AUGGCGGUGAUGAGUGCAUAUGAGCGAGCACGGCAGGAAAAGAUAGCUCAGAACCAGAAGCUGUUGUCGGCAUUACAGUCGGACGCGGCCAAGAUUGGCAUCAGCAAGCCAAAGGCCAGCACUUCUGCAUCUUCCACCAAGAGAAAGCGAGCAGCAGCACCCAAGGUGAAGAAAGAGGAAGAUGUCGGACCUCGACGAACAUCAUCGCGAUUGAAGGGAAUCGUGGCCGACAGCGAAGUGGCGAGACAGCAUUCGGAAAAGGAAGCAGAAGCCUUUCAGGAAGCACAACGCGUCAAAAGACAGAGAGUUUCGGCCGACAUCAAGCUGGAGGAUGCCGUCGUCAAUGGGAAUAGUUGGGAUCGAAGCUGGUUGAACGGGGUGGGUCCUGCAAAUCCCGGAGUCAGGACAUUCGACGCCCAGGAUGUCAAGGAAACGAGCGACAAGGAGUUGAAGGAACUGCGGGAGAGAAUGAGCGGAUUGGAAUUGUGGCCGGGAGCAGAACCUAGCCGCAUCAAAAUCACGCCCGAGAGAAUUUACGCUCUGGGUUUCCAUCCAACAACAGACAAAGCGCUGGUUUUUGCAGGAGAUAAACUGGGUUCUCUAGGUCUCUUCGACGCCUCCCAAUCCACAUCCGUCAAGACAGAGGCCGACGAUGCAGACGAAGACGGCGACGAUGAAGAUGACUUCACUCCGGCAAUUUCCACCUUUAAAAUCCACACCCGCACCAUCUCCGCCUUCCAAUUCUCCCCGUCGGACCACAACGCCCUCUUCUCUGCCUCCUACGACUCCUCCAUCCGCAAACUCGACCUCCAAAAAGGAACAGCGGUCGAAGUGUACGCCCCGGAAGAUAAGAGUGAAGAUGCUCCCCUCUCAGGCGUCCAAAUCUCCCACGCAGACCCAAACACCCUUCACUUCACCACCCUCUCCGGCCUGUUCGGCAUCAAAGACAUGCGAACUCCCGCCCACGAAGUCGUGGAAUCCUUUCAACUUUCCGAGAAGAAGAUCGGCGGCUUCUCCCUUCAUCCCGCACACCCUCAUCUCCUAGCAACAGCAUCCCUAGACCGCACCUUGAAAAUCUGGGAUCUUCGAAAAGUCACCGGCAAAGGCGACAAUCGCAUGCCACUUUGCGUGGGAGAACAUACAUCCCGCCUCAGCGUCUCCCACGCUGCCUGGAACUCCGCCGGCCAAAUCGCCACAGCUUCCUACGACGAUACAAUCAAAAUACACGACUUCUCCUCUACCCUCUGCUCAGAUUGGAAACCCGGCAAAACUCUCACCGAAGAUGAAGUCUCCCCAAGCACAGUCAUCAAACAUAAUAACCAGACCGGCCGCUGGGUAACGAUUCUGCGCGCCCAGUGGCAAUUACGUCCCGCAGAUGGCAUUCAGAAGUUCGUGAUUGGGAAUAUGAAUCGUUUUGUGGAUGUUUAUACCGAUAAGGGGGAACAGAUAGCGCAGUUGGGAGGAGAGGGCAUCACGGCUGUGCCGGCCGUGGCAAUGUUACAUGCCGAGAAAGAGUGGGUUGCGGCCGGGACGGCGAGUGGGAAGUUGUGCUUGUGGAUGUAA